AUGGCCCCGACCAUCCCCAGGUGUGGGGCCCCGGCGGGCUCCAGCAUCGGCCUGCUCUGGCAGGCAAGACCAUCGACAAAACGGGCGCAAAGCGCCAUCGACUGCAUUCGUGGUGUUACCAAACCCGCCAUUAGGCGUCUAGCUCGCCGUGGUGGUGUCAAGCGCAUUUCGGGCGAUAUUUACGACGAAACCCGCUCUGUCUUGAAGAGAUUCCUCGAGACGGUCCUGAAAGACGUAGUCACGUACACGGAGCACAGGAACGUCAAGACGGUCACCGUCACCGACGUUAUCCUUGCGCUUCGCCGAAUCGGCAGGCCCAUCUAUGGAUUUGACCCUGAAACCCACGACCCGAGGGCCCAGAAGAGGGUGGGUUUGGGGAAUCGGGGCGCGCAGCGGGCAUCGUCUGAAGAUGCUUGA